UAGCUCCGAGCAGACACCUUAUAAAUUCUGCAUUUUGCUUUCGACAUCCCCCUCCUUGACAGUUUCUGUGGUAGAAAAAGUCACUAGGUCGUCUGAAAGCACAAAUAAAUGUCUAUGAGCUCAGAGAAUACAUCAGGCUUGUAGUAUUUUCCAUGGGAGCAUCACAAUGGGCCGGAUAAUUACUACAGCAAUAUAUUUGUCAGUGUUAACAGCUGCACUUUGUUUUAAUAUCGAUCCCGUGGCUUGGAAAACCCUGACUAACCCUGCUGAAGGUUUUGGAUACCAGGUGGUGCAGAGACGAUUAGACCUGCUGGUUAGUGCUCCUCUUGCACAGUAUUCACAAGGAAGAAAGGGGCAAAUAUUUAGAUGCUCUACCAACGGAGGCUGCAGAGAAGUUUCAGUUCCACUGCCAGCGUAUGCAGUGAACAUGUCUCUUGGUAUGACGAUGGCAAGUGAUCCUACUACACUUAACACUGUGGCAUGUGGCCCAACCAUCCCAAAGGACUGCAGAAGUAUCACCAUGUACAGUGGUAUGUGCAUGGAGAUAGACAGUUUUGACAGAGUUACAGGUCCUGUCCCUUCUUCUGCAAAAGAGUGCCAAUCAGCAGACAUUGCAUUUCUGUUGGAUGGUUCCGGUAGUGUAUCCCCACUGGAUUUUCUAACAAUGAAGACCUUUAUGAAAAAUCUGAUCCGCUCACUCCUGCCAGUAGAUACAAAGUUUGCUAUUGCCCAGUACUCCUACAAUCCCAAAGUCCAUUAUUACUUUGAUAAUUUUCCCUCUGGAUCUUGGGAGACUGCAGUUGAUAACAUUGGGCAACUCCAGGGCGCAACGUACACAGCCGCAGCCAUCAAAUAUGUCGUGCAAAAUGUUUUCACAUCAUCAAGAGGUUCCAGGUCAAAUGUGAAGAAGGUCUUGAUAGUCAUUACCGAUGGAGCAUCCAAUGACCGGGAUGAAUUGAGCUCUGCAGCAAACUUAGCUGAGAGGAAAAGGAUUGUUCGGUUCGCUAUCGGAGUGGGGGACGCAUUUAGAGAUCCAAAUGCAAAAAAUGAACUGGACACGAUUGCAUCUGAUCCCAAAGCUAACCAAGUGUUUCGGGUGCAGAACUUUCAGGCUCUUGAAAGAAUAAGGGAGAAUUUGCAGGCCAAAAUCUUCUCUAUUGAAGGAUCACAAACAAGUGGAGAGUCGCUGAAAAUGGAAAUGGCACAAGAGGGAUUCAGUGCAGUAUAUGUGCCAGGGGGAAUUCAGAUGGGUAUUGUUGGUGCUAAUGUGUGGAAGGGAGGCUACCUGAAAUACCAGAUGAGGCCAAAUGCGCAGAAGAUGGACUCCUAUGAGCCUGACAUAGAGUCUGACAGUUAUGCGGGAUACUCCAUGGCAGUUGGGAAUACGAGGCGAGGCAUGUUGACAAUUGUUGGUGCUCCAAGAUAUAAACACAGAGGAGCUGUGAUGGUAGUUUCCCAACACCAGCAUCGGAAAACGAUCGAUCCCGAUCCAUGGCAGUCUCAGAGCGGUGAAUAUUUUGGGGCUGUUGUUUGUGCGAUGGACGUGGAUGAUGACAGCUACACUGACAUAAUCCUCAUAUCUGCCCCAAUGUUCGUGGACUCUGAUAGAGAGGGAAGAGUUUACGCUUGCAGCUUAUCUGGUUUGAAUGUCGAGUGCCACUUAGAUGAUUCUCCAUUAAUAUUGAAAGGGGAUGCCUAUGACAAAGCAAGGUUUGGGUCUUCUCUUGCUGUGCUGCCCGACCUUAACACGGAUGGUCUCAAAGACUUGGCGGUUGGAGCCCCUUUGGAAAAUGACGGGCAAGGCAGCAUCUACAUAUUCCAUGGCGAAGGAGCAAGAAUUAGUUCAGCAUAUUCACAGAGAAUUGCUGGCUCUGAAGUCCGACCAGGACUGAAGUUUUUUGGCAUAUCAAUCAGUCAGACAUCUUUUGACCAAAGUAUGGACAGUCUGCCUGACCUGGCGGUGGGUUCGAAGGGUGCAGUUGUUUUACUCCGAUCAAAGCCUAUCGUAAUGGUAGAAGCUACAGUGGUGUUCAGCCCAAACCAAAUCCCUACCAGCUCAGACUGCUCAUCAGCAUUGGAAUUCCAAGCUAACAUCUGCUUUAUCAUGACCAGACACUCUUCAGUGAACAACGUUCAAGCAAGGGUUACAUAUAAUUUAACUCUGGACGCCACGCGCAAAGUGCCAAACAACCGAGCUUAUAUGACUACGAAACAACAACGAGAGAUUCCUGGAGCAGUUAAUCUUGACUUUGCACGACGACCUAAGUGCCACCAGGUGAUUUUCAAUGUUGAGGCUUGCACGGAUGAUGCUCUCAAUGCACUUUCCAAUGAACUCAGAUUCUCCUUUGAUGGUUUGCCUUGGGACCAAAAUCUGCGUCCGAGUCUAGCGCUUCAGGCACAGACAUCAACUUUUCAUCCUUUAGGGUUCCAGAUCAACUGCGGCAUGGACAACAAAUGUGUAGAUAACCUGAAAGUGGAUUUCAGCUUUACCAGUUCCUCAGAGGUCAAAGUGGGCAUUGAUGAACUGUUGGAUGUCACCGUCUCAGUGGAGAACAGAGAGGAAGACUCCUACAACAGCAAGGUCAUUCUCACAUACCCAGCCGGACUCUCCUACAGGAAGUUUACCAUCCUGCAGGGAAGAAUCGAGUGCAACUCCUUGGACAGUGAAGACGGCUUAUCGCGAGGAAGGACAGAUUGCAGUGUUGACAAGCCUAUAUUCAAGAGCAACGCAAAGGUUUUGUUCAUUGUCUCCUAUGGGAUUAAAACCAAUAGUCAACUGGACAAAAGCAUCUUUAUCACUGCAAAUGCUACCAGUGGGAAUCUGGAGCACUCCACCUCAAGCCAACUCUACAAAAUCAAAGAGAUUGAUGUCAAGUACAGCAUUUUUGCUACAAUUGAAAGUACCCUCAGCUACAGCAAUUUCACUUUCGGAAAGAAUGAUUUGCAGAAACCAGUCCAACAAUCAGUUGUGCUUACAAAUGACAACAGAGCACUAAAUUUCACUGUGGUGAUAAUGGUGCCAAUGAAGCUCGGUGACAAAGACAUCUGGAGCGAUUCGAGCAGUUUUGAGAUUCCGGAUUGCCAAAGAGACGGAGAAGAUAAAAAGCCUAAAGUCACUGAUUUUGUUGAUGAGAUACAGAAAAAUAAGUUAGUGGACUGCUCUGUAGCCUGGUGCGCAGUGUUCAAGUGCAGCAGGUUCAUGGAAAGACUGGAGCGGAAAGAGUACAAAAUCUCUGCCAACAUUAGUUCUAGAUGGAUAGAGCAGAUCAGACUUCAAUCUGCCAAAUUCCUCUUGACCAGCACAGCCAGUCUGGAGUACAACAGAAAUCAGUACAUCUUUGUUUCUUCUGCAUCUAAUAACAACCCUCCUGUUCGUAAGAUUGAGGCAAUAGUAGAAGUGUAUUCUGAACCAGACUUUACCAAAGAGAUUGUUGGAGGAUCUCUGGGAGGGUUGGCUCUACUGGCGCUACUCACUGCCGCCUUGUACAAGGCUGGAUUUUUCAAGAGUAAAUACAAGUCAAUGAUGAACGAAGAAGCAGCGGAUCCAGGGGCUGAAGGAGACGCUCCCCCACCAGAAUAACAAUAGUGGAUGUCACACAGACACGGGCUAUCUCAAGAUUCAAUACAUUGGCCAGCUGAUAGCAGAAGAACGUUAUUAUUAUUAUUAUUAUUAUACUUGUACUUUUUAGCUUUUUAGGAAUUCAAAUGUUUUGUAUUGUAGAAAUAUUUGCACCGCAACAGUGAAAUCAGAUUUGCUCAUUCAGUCACUAUUGCCGAUUCCAAAGAGUUUUACCUCUUCAGGCCCGUAACAUGAUUCUAAUAAAUAGUGUGAUCAGGGAAAAAUCACUCACAGUUUGAACUGCUAACAUCCCACACAUGCACGUGUGAUAAAAUAUGGAAAGUAGAGAGCGGUGGAGAUCUCUUUCCAACUUUUAAAACUGAAGACUUUUUUGCUUGCCACUGCUUUUCAGUUCUCGUCUAAAGAUGCCGCAUUUUUUUCCUAAAAAACACGAUGCCGGUUGUGCCGCUGCCACAUAGGGCAAUACUGCAAUGAGGCGAUGAACUAAUAUUUUCCUUAAUAAUCAGUGGAAGAGAGAAUCUCCUGUUGAGUGGUAGAGAUAAACAAUCAUUUUUAAUAUUGUACUGUCAUUUCUAUUUGAUAUAUUUUUUUAAUAUUUUAUCUUCUCAUUUACAAUUCUAAAAUGUUAUAUGUAUAUGUCAUUUUAUAUAUGUCUCUUUCUAAUACUUUUAAUGUUUGUGAAAAGCACUUUGAAUUCCCUUGUUGUUGAAAGGUGAUAUACAAAUAAACUUGCCUUGCCUUAAUCUACAGGAAGUAGCCAAUUUGUGGUCUGCAAGCUGUGCAUGUUAAUUUGCAGAAUCUGUUGUAUGAUGAAAACAAACCAGUUUCAUCACAUGGAUUCUGGUUUUCAUCAGAUAUUGAAAUGUAAAAAUGCUGAAAUUAAAUCUAGUUAAGUAUUCAGAUUUUAUGCUAAGAGACACUUUUUUAUGCUUCAUAGAUAUUAUAUAUGUGAUUAAAAAUGCUUUUCAUUUGUCUUAUUAAUAUAAGAUCUUUUGAGUCAUCAUCACAGUUUAUGUA